GUUGGAAGUGUCAGCAGAUUGCGGCCAAACUAGAUUAUUAUAUAUAUAAAUAUAUAUAUAUAUUUCCUAUAUAUUUACUCAUUAAGUACAUGAACAACGUGUAGAGAGGGUCAUGGAUCUACGUGUGGGCUUCAGUGAAAAAUUGAAAUUGGGCGCCAAGGUCAUUGGCCAUAAGGUUAUACAGUACCGACUGGGCACAGGACACACCAAGGAGCUGGCAACGAAAUAUGGUCAGGUGAAGGGACAGCAGCGAAAGACCAUCUAUGAUGGUGAGAUCUACAACUCCUUCGAGGGUAUACCCUUUGCCCAGCCACCGGUGGGUGAGUUGCGUUUUCGAGCCCCACAACCGCCAAGCUCCUGGCAGGGUGUGAGGGAUUGCACCUAUUCCCGGGAUCAGCCCAUGCAAAGGAACUCCAUAACGAAUAGUGCCGAGGGCUCUGAGGAUUGCCUUUAUCUCAAUGUUUAUGCCAAGAAACUGGAGUCAGAGAAACCUUUGCCCGUCAUGGUUUGGAUUUACGGUGGAGGAUUUCAAAUUGGCGGAGCCUCCCGGGAUCUCUACGGACCGGAUUACUUUAUGAAGCACGACGUGAUCCUGGUUACCUUUAACUAUCGCGUGGGUGCUUUGGGUUUCUUGAGUCUCAAGGAUAAGGCACUCAAGAUACCAGGAAAUGCCGGGUUGAAAGACCAAAUUCAAGCCCUUCGUUGGGUUAAGGAAAACAUAUCUGUAUUCAAUGGAGAUCCGCAGAAUAUAACCGUAUUGGGAGAAUCAGCAGGCGGGGCUUCUACGCACAUCCUUAUGCAAUCGGAGCAGGCUCGAGGACUCUUCCAUCGUGCCAUUGUUCAAUCUGGUUCAGCUUUGUGUGCCUGGGCCACAAACCCGGACCGGAAGUGGCCCCAGCGAUUGGGCAAGGAGCUCGGCUAUGCCGGAAACUUGGAGAAUGAGAAGGAACUGCUGGAGUUCUUCCAGCAGAUUCCAGCUGCCAAGCUGGCACUUCAUUGCAAUGCCAUAGUGACACAGGAAGAGCAUCGAGACUAUGAGAUUCUGGCUUUUGCUCCAGUUAUUGAAUCCUAUGUGGGAGAGGAUUGUGUAGUGCCUAAAUCCCAACAGGAGCAACUGUCCACCGCAUGGGGUAAUGAGAUUCCCUUGAUUAUAGGAGGAACCUCCUUUGAGGGACUCUUCUCGUACCAAAGCACCUUGGCGGAUCCCCUGUACAUGUUGAGUGCCUUUGAGGCCAUAAUUCCCAAGCAAGUUCGCGAAACAAUCGACAAGGACGAACUGGCAGAGAUGGUGAGGAAGUUGAAGAAAUCCUAUUUCGAUGAUCCUGAGAGGGCCAGCAUGGAGCUCUACGAGUGCCUGCACAUUCUGAGCAUAAAAAACUUCUGGCACGACAUUCAUCGGACUCUCCUGGCACGAUUGACCUAUGCCCCCACCUUGUCCACAUAUCUCUACAGAUUCGAUAUGGACUCGCCGCACUUUAAUCACUACAGGAUCCUCAAGUGCGGUAAAAAGGUGAGAGGAGUCUGUCACGCCGAUGAUAUCUCCUACAUGUUCUACGGUCUGCUUUCCAGCAAAUUGGACAAGGAUACGCCAGAAUAUCGCACCAUUGAGCGUUUGAUUGGCAUGUGGACAUCCUUUGCCAUCAAGGGAGAUCCCAAUUGUGACAUUAUCGCGCCGGUGAAGUGGGAACCACUGAGACCAGGUGGCCAGGAAGUUUGCCUCAAUAUAGCCGAUGGUUUGGAGUUUAUACCACUGCCCGAAAGCAAGCAAUUUGUGGUCUGGGAUAGUUUCUAUACCAGAGAGAGUCUCUACUAAGGACCCACAAAAAACAAAACCAAAUUAUAGGAAAAGUUUAAACUGCCUUGAAGCCUCGUCAUCUGUCAAACAAUAUUCAUAAGAAUUAAUUGUUUAAAAUGCCAAAGAUUUGCAAAAUCGUGUUAUUUUUUUGAUGAUUAUACUAUUCCCCAGAGUUAGAAAGUCAAUAAAUAUGCU